AUGGAAGAUGGCGAUUCAGGCGAAGGAACUUCUUACAAACGAGAAAUCCUGGAACGACUAGAAGAGAAUAGCAGAAAGGUGAAGAAAAUCCAAAAUUUGUUCCAUAAUUGUAAGUUUCGUUCAUUGAACUUUUAUAAUAAAAGAAUUGAAGAUUCCAUUCUGGCGAAUGAAGUGCAGAAAACAAGGACAAGAAAACAGGAAUUCUUCUGUCAGCGAGUAGGACUUUUCCUGGGCAAAAGAUUGACGAAAAAAACAUAAAUUUCGAUAUUUUUUUAUGACUCCCACAAAUUCAUCAUUUCAAGAUGUUUUUUUGUUUACUUAUUUCAAAAAUGAGGGGAAUUUGAGUAGAUCCAGUUGUCAAUUUGAUUUUUAAAAAUUUUGCGAUGAUUGCAAUCAAAAAAAUAGAUUAUUCGCUAAUUUUUAGAAGCUCUGAAUUUUCUUUUCAAGUUUCCAUAAAAAUUAUUUGGAACUUGAAUCAAAAAGAAAAAUUGAAAAACCAUGUUUGCAGAUCAAUAAACGGCGCAGAUGCAGACGAAGUAUUGCGGCUAAAACAGGAGAUUGGCGAAAUCUACAAGUUGAAGAGCAAAAAUGACCAAAAUCUGAUCGAUGCCAACCGGAAAGUCACCGAUUGUGAGGCUCAGAUCCUCUCUGUCACCACUGAGUAUGUCGUUUUUUUUCUCAUCAAAACCUGAUGAUCAUUUUUUCAGAAAGCAGAACUUGAGAAAAGAAUUGGAUAAAUCUUACGUGAAGAUAGCCGGAAUGGAAGUGGAGCUAGCGAAAUUGAAGACGGACAACGCGACUGUCAAUGACGAGCGACUGGCUCUUGCAGUACGUUUUCUUAUUUUAUUUUAAUAUUUUUGAAACGAAUGUUUUCCUCAAAAUCAAUGAUUUUCAGGUGUCCUGCAAUGCCCUGACUGAGAAGAAGAAGCAACUUGAAGAUGAGCACAUGCAACUUUUGAACCGAAUACGAGAUCUGAAUGAGCAGAGAGCCGAGAAUAUGAAUGCUGAGAUCGCUUUGCAAGAACAGUGAGAUUUUUUUUGAUAGAGCCGAAAUUGUAAAUUUUUCUUAAAGAUCCUUGGCAAUCUUUGCCCCUAAAUUAUUUUUCAUUAACUGGGAAACGUUUUUUAGCCUCCACUUGAACUUUUGGUGAAAUUUCGUUUAAGUGCAAUUUAACUGAAGUUAUUACUCUCUGUAAAGAUCAGCAUUGCUAGUUGGUUGAAUUUUUCAUAUUUUCCAAUUGCCGGAAAGUAUUUCCAUAAUGCGAUUUCCAGUCAAAAGCGUUUGAAAUCAUGUUUUUUUUUCUUAGACCUCCAUUUUCAUGAAUUUUUUUGUUUUAGAAAAAAAAAAGAAGAAAGCAUCAUUCUUAUUUUAUAACACUCUUCACCGCUUUCCAUCACAAACACCUCAAGUUGCGUUUCCUGUACUUUCGAUCAAUUUUCAGACGACGUCAGUUACGAAUUCAAGAAGAAAUAGCCAAGGCAGUGAAUGACACGUCGCGUGAUGCCCGAGCGUGAGUUUUACUUGAGUUUUUUUUAAUUAAAGCAUUUUUUUCAAUUAAACGAUUAAUUCUUUAGGAAUUCGGCUCUCAAAAGUAUGCCUGCCGGCUUGGGAGAGCUCAACGAUGUUAUGUACGGAGAUCAUCUUCCAACUUUUAAAAUGCUGAAAUUUGUUAGUUUUUUUUUGAUUAUUUUAUCACAGAGUUUUUUUUUUACAAGAUCUGUCUUUUUUCGUUUUUAAAGCAUAAAAUUGAAUGAAAGCUUAUUUCUCCCCAAUAAGUUUGAUAAAAAGAAUCACUGAUAACCAAACUUUUUAAAAUUCAAAUGCCAAUUUUGUCUCUCCAUCCAAGAUUUUUUCAGCAAGCGGAUGAAGGAGAAGUCAGCGAAAUCCACUGGCUUACAGGCGAAACUUUCGCCACGGGUGGAAGUGACCGCCAUAUUUCGCUUUGGCGCUUGGGCCACGGUGAAGCCCAAUCCAGAAUGUUAGUUUUUCUGGCUCAUUGAUGAUGAUUUUUUUUCUUUCAGUGGAACUCUGGCUGGAUGCAAUGCUUCAGUGACUCGAAUCGAUUUUGAUUUUGAAAAAAGGUCGCUUUUGGCUUCGUGCAACGAUAAAAAUGUUCGGCUAUGGAAUAUUGAUACGAGAAGGCUUUUGGUAUGUUUUUGUCAUUUUUUGAAGUUAAAAAUUACAAAAAUUGCAAGUUUUUCUCAAACUUGACAUGAACGUAUUCGAAGACGCUUGGAUUUGAAUUGUUUACGAAUUUCCUAAAAGUUAUACCCUUUGAAAAAAAAACUGGACACUUCCAUUAGUUUAAAAAUUCAGUGUAUGGACUUUGAAUUGUUACGAGUUGAUGACAGAAGGCGAAAACAUAUUUCCGGCUUUUAGAGGAUCUUCUCUUGAUUAUCUGAUAGUUCGAAUUGAUUAAAAAUUAUCAGCUCCGGAUUAAUCAUUAAUCACUAAAUCAUUAUUUUUUGAAAAAAAUGUGUUUUUAAGCAUCUUAAAAUAACUGCAACUUUGAUAGUAUUCUGUAAAAAAAAAUUACAGGUGACCCUUUCUGGCCAUACUGACAAGGUAUCCUCCGCCAGGUUUUUGCAGUCCGGCAACGCCAUUUCCGGAUCUUUUGAUAGAACAAUCAAAUUGUGGGAUCUCGGCAACCAAAGAUGUGAGUUGAAGUGAAAUAGAGCCGUGAUAAAAGUUUUUUCAGGCAGCCGAACUUUCCUGGCCGGUUCCACAGUUUUGGACAUCACGAGAAACUGCAUUCUCGGCAACGCGUUAUUUUUGUCAGGUAUUUUUGAUUUAUGAGCGGUUUUGAGCGGUUCAUCGGCUAUUGUUGAAGUUAAAUACUACUUAGGGUAUAUACUAGUUUCAAAAAUAUUUCAAAAAAGGUUACAAAACUUGAAGUUUUCGAACCUUUCACUAAAAAUUUCAUCAUUCUAACGCUUAGAUUCAAGACAAAGGCUCCUUUUUAAGGUAAUAUUUACAUCUGUUUUUUAUGGAAACACUUUUUCCAUAACCUAGAGCUUUUUAUAGCUUGAAGAAAAAAAUGAUUUGGGCUGUUCAAAAAUUGUUUUUCAAGGUCAUAUGGAUAAAAAAGUCCGAGCGUGGGAUGGAAGAAGCGCCGAGUGUAUCCGAUCCUUGGAGUUCAGCAAACGAAUUACUUCUUUGGACCUUUCCACAGGUAUAAGCUUUAUUUACUUUCACACUUUUGGGAAGCGAAAUUGUCUGAAAAAUUAAAAAUCAGGUUUUUUUUUCUGUUUUCCCUUAUUGUUUUCGACCCUUAGCAGUUUGAGCGAAAUGAGGGUAUUUGAUUUUUUGUCAUAAGUUUCCAAAUUUCAGAUGGUCAUUACAUGCUCAGCUCGACCAGAGACGACACCUUGUCCUUGAUUGAUUUGAGGACAUUUGGCAUCGUUCAUGACUACAGGUUUCUCAAACUUAUUCGCAGUUACGCGUAAAAAUUAAAUAUUUAAUUUUUUUGAUGUGCUACUGGAAAAAUGCUCUACAGUCAAUGAUAAUUUCCGAACUUUCGUUAAAAAUCCCAAAAAAAGACCUGGAUUUUUUUAGCCAAUUUUAUUCAUAAAAGUUAUUUUUUUACAGUGCUGAGCAGUAUCAAUCGAGUUCCGACAUGGCGAGAUGUGUAAUUUCUCCGGGAGGCGAGUACAUCGCGGCUGGGUUAGUUGGACUUUUUAGUGAAAGAAAAUGAAAAAGAGAAAGCUGUACUUUCUUUUUUUCCUGAUGUUGAGCUCUGAUAUUCUUUUUCGAGCCUCUUAAAAAUUGUUCCGAAUUCGAAGCUUUUCAAAAUGUUAGGAUUGAAGUAUUAAAAAAAACAUUUACUUGAUUGAUCAAUAAUGAAUUGAAUUUUUUUAAGGUCGUCAUGUGGCCACGUCUUCAUUUGGAAUACGGAUACGACAAGGCUGGAGAAAGUUCUGCGUGGAGGGAAUGAGUGAGUUUUAUUUUCUAUGAUCUUAUCAAAAAAAAGCAACAGGGCAACCUAUCCAAAGAAGACAAACUUUUUUAAUUUUUCCUACUUUCAGGAAUCCCGUUCUUUCACUCUCUUGGAAUCCAACCGGCGUCGGCCUCUUGAGCGCCGACAAAAUCAAAUCAGUUGUAUACUGGAAAUAG